CGAAGGGCACCUUGCUCCGCACUGACGCAAACCCAAUAUUUCCCACUGGGGGUAUAGAAAGCUUUGCACUAAGCACAGCCAAAUCCACUCCUACAUCUUCCAGUCCUCUUUACAGCUGUUUUUCAGCCUUUCAGCUUCAGCACGUCUUAAAGCCUCUUCACAAAUGGAUUUCUCCGAGCAGAGAGAGAUGGCCAAACAGCCGGCCAAUGCUCCUACCGGUUGUAACCCGUUGCACCAGCCGGAGGGAGUUUCAGCAAACAAACCGGAUAAUGCCUUUAACCAAACGUCCGCAGCAUACCCGGCCCCUCAGCCAGCACAAUCCAACGAGAGCAAAACUUUCUGUCCCACGGAAAAUAAACCAGGAGAACCGGGAGAAGUCAAAGUCUAUGGGACGUUUAAAAACGCCGCUCUGCCGGUGCCCGGGGACCCGCUUAGGGUCACCGGGGAUCAAAACAAUGCAUCGGGCAACUGGACCACCAUGAGCCAGACCACCAUCAUUCUGGGCGCAGAUGGCAACACGUCUGUUCAGCCCGGCGCGGUGAUGUGGGAGGACGAGAGUGGAGAUGAAAAUAAGGCCAGGGGAAACUGGACUAAUAAAUUGGAUUUCAUCCUGUCCAUGGUUGGCUAUGCGGUGGGACUGGGAAACGUGUGGAGGUUUCCAUACCUUGCCUUCCAAAAUGGUGGAGGUGCUUUUUUGAUCCCCUACCUUAUAAUGUUGUGCCUCGCCGGGAUCCCUAUCUUUUUAUUGGAGGUUUCCCUGGGUCAGUUUGCCAGCCAGGGCCCCGUGUCCGUGUGGAAAGCCAUCCCGGCUCUGCAAGGUUGCGGGAUUGCCAUGUUGAUAAUAUCUGUCUUGAUAGCCAUAUACUAUAACAUUAUUAUGUGCUGGACACUGUACUACCUGUUCGCUUCGUUGAAGGGCUCACUGCCAUGGGCUAACUGUAAGAACGAGUGGAACACGUUGGACUGUAAGGACAAAGACAUGCUUCUCUUAGACACGUGUAUCCUCCAUGAUAAAAACAUCACCUCUGUAAAGAACAGCUCGUUCUGUCUGUCGGCUCAAGCCAUUGGAAACCUGACCAAACUGGUUAACAUGACCUUUCCGGAUAACAAAACUUACGUCAGCCCCAGCGAGGAGUACUUCAAGUACAAUGUCUUGCACAUCUCCAAAGGGAUAGAGUACCCUGGAGACAUCCGCUGGCCCCUCGCAGGCUGCCUGUUGCUGGCCUGGUUGAUAGUCUACCUCUCCCUGGCCAAAGGAAUCAAGUCAUCAGGGAAAGUGGUGUAUUUCACAGCUACGUUCCCCUAUGUGGUUCUGGUCAUUCUGUUGUUCAGAGGAGUGACCCUCCCAGGGGCUGGUGACGGCAUCCUCUACUUCAUCACACCCAAGUGGGAGAAACUCAAUGAUGCUAAGGUUUGGAAGGAUGCUGCCACCCAGAUUUUCUUCUCUCUGUCAGCAGCCUGGGGAGGCCUCAUCACACUUUCUUCUUACAACAAGUUCCACAACAACUGCUACAGGGACACCAUCAUAGUGUGCAUAGUUAACAGUGCCACCAGUAUAUUCGCUGGGUUCGUCAUCUUUUCCGUCAUUGGAUUCAUGGCCCACGAACUGAAGGUGCCCAUUGAGAAGGUGGCUGAUGAAGGUCCAGGCAUAGCGUUCGUGGUGUACCCAGAGGCUCUGACCAGACUCCCACUCUCUCCGUUCUGGGCCAUCAUCUUCUUCCUCAUGCUGCUGACCCUCGGCCUGGAUACCAUGUUUGCCACCAUUGAGACCAUAGUGACGUCGGUGUCAGACGAGUUCCCCCAGUACCUGAGAAAGAACAAGCCUCUGUUCACACUCAUCUGUUGUGCAUGUUUCUUCUUCCUGGGAUUCCCUAUGGUCACAGAGAAUGGGAUGUACAUGCUCCAGUUGGUGGACACAUACGCUGCCUCUUACUCUCUGGUAAUCAUUGCCAUCUGUGAGCUGAUCGGAAUCUCCUACUUCUAUGGCCUGCAGAGGUUCUGCGAGGACAUUGAAAUGAUGAUUGGCUUCCAACCAAACCGCUUCUGGAGAAUCUGCUGGGCCUUUGUGACUCCUACCAUUCUGACUGGUAUCCUGGGGCUGAGUCUGUACCAGUGGAAGGUGAUGACCUAUGAGGACUACACCUACCCCACCUGGUCCAUGGUGAUGGGCUGGCUGAUGGUGUUGUGUUCUGUCAUCUGGAUCCCAAUCAUGUUUGUCAUCAAAAUGCACUUGGCCCCAGGCAGCUUUACAGAGCGUCUGAAGCUGGUGUGUUCCCCUCAGCCCGAUUGGGGUCCCUUCCUGGCCAAGCACAGAGGGGAGCGCUACAAGAACAUGAUGGACCCCCAUGGAUCCAACUCCCUGGGCCUCAAACUGCCCCCCAAAGAUUUCCAACUGGGCGCCUACCAGUAGCAGCCUCCACUACAACCACCACCGCAACUUCAGCAGGGGGACCAGGGGAGAGAGAGAGCAGCAGCCUACCACUGCCCUCUCCCACACCUAUUCCUCUUUUUUCCUGUUCGCCAACACAUCGCCCACUUUUUUUCCUGGUUCUCCUGUUCACCUCCCCUGCUCCCUUCUACACUCUAUAGCAAAGUGGGGCUGCCCUCCUCUACAACAUUGCUUUCUCUGGCAGGCACCCAUGCUAUACCCUGCCCUCUCUCUCCUUAACCCCUGACCUGAGAAUGGUCUGUCCUCUGCCUCCUGCCCAUGCACAGCCAUUACGCCAGAGCCCUUUCUUACUGAGGGGAUCUCUAUUCCAAGAGAAAAAUGUACCGUGUCACAAUAUUGCAAUGGCAAUAUUCGACUGCUCAUGACAAAAAAAUCGAAUCACAUUUUAUUUGUCACAUGCUUCGUUAACAACAGGUGAAGACUAACAGUGAAAUGCUUACUUACGGGUCCUUUUCCAACAAUGAAGAGUUAAAGAUACAUUUAAAAAAUAAAAUAGUGACAGAAGGAAUAGAUACACAGGGAUUAACGAAUAACAAUAAUGGAGUAAAAAUAACAUGGUACUGGUACUCCCUGUAUAUAGCAGAGUCGAUGUGCAGGGGUACGAGAUAAUUGAGGUAGAGUUGUAUAUAUAGGUAAGGGUAUAAAGUGGCUGUGUGUGUGUGACUGUGUGUGUGGUGUCAGUAUGCAUUUGUGUGUGUGUGUGUGUGUGUGUGUGUGUGUGUGUGUGUGUGUUGGGGUGCCAGUGUGAGUGUGUGGGUCCAGUGUGUGCUCAUAGAGUCAGUACAAAAAAGGGGCAAUGCAGGUAGUUCGGGUAGCCAUUUGAUUUAGGUAUUUAGAGGUCUUGUUUAUCAGUCUUAUGGCUUGGGGGUAGAAGCUGUUCAGGGUCUUAUUGGUUCCAGACUUGGUGCACUGGUACCGCUUGCCGUGUGGAAGCAGAGAGAACAGUCUAUGGUUUGGAUGGAGUUUUUGACAAUUUUUUGAUCCUUCCACUGACAACGCCUGGUGUGGAGGUCCUGGAUGGCAGGGAGGGAGUUCGACCCCAGGGAUGUACUGGGCCAAACUGACCACCCUCUGUAGCGCCUUGCGGUCAGACGCCUUGCAGUUGCCGUAACCAAGCGGCGAUGCAGCUUGUCAAGAUGCAGCUGUUGAACUUUUAUGAGGAUCUGAGGGCCCAUGCCAAAUCUUUUCAGCCUCCUGAGGGGGAAGAGGCGCUGUCGUGCCCUCUUCACAACUGUGUGGGUGUAUGUGGACCAUGUUAGUUCAUUAGUGAUGUGCACACAGAGGAACUUGAAGCUCUCGAACCACUCCACUACAUCUGGACUAGUCCCUAUGGAGGUGUGUGUGCAUGCGUGCGUGUGUGCGUGUGUGUGAUUGUUUUAUUCUUGUAUCUAUGUGUAUAGUGAUAUUGGAAAAUCUUCCACAAACAAAAAGGCACAAAAAAUCUAAUUGACAGACUGAGAAAUAUUGGUAGUCAUCAGACUCUCAUCUAUGGGACAUUAUGAUAUAUAUAUUCAUUCUUUUUUUAAUGAAAUAGGCAAUACAAGUAAAAUCAACUGCCUAGAAAGAAUGCAGUAUGGUUCAUUUUCAUAGAUGAUAUUUG